AUGGACGAGGAGACGCAUUCCUUGUUGGAGAACGGGACGUGGAAGAUCGUCGAAAAUCCGGAAAGGGUCAAGCCGUUUUCCAUGAAGUGGGUUUACAAGAUCAAGCGGGACGCUCACGGAAACGUGGAGGAGUACAAGUCUCGGCUGAUGGCCAAGGGCUACCAGCAGAAGCAGGGGAUUGACUUCGACGAGGUCUAUGCCCCGGAGCUCGGGAACUCCGACUUCGUGGCGUUUAUGGCGGACGAAGCGCUUUUCACGGGGAUUGUAGCCGGGAAGCGGGUCUACCUCGUUGUGUGGGUGGACGACAUCCUCGUGGCGGCCCGUGGAGCGGAGCGCAUUGCGAAGGUGAAGCCGCACUUGUUGGAGAAGUUCGACGUGCACGAUCUGGGGGAGGCAACGUACUUCCUCGGGAUGGAGCUGACGCGCAAUAGAAAGGCGCGCACCCUGAAGCUGACCGAGUGUGUGGGAAGCCUGUUGUACCUGAGCGUGUGCACGAGGCCCGACAUCGCACAGGCGGUGGGCGCGCUUGCGCGCUACAUGGCGGGGCCGACGGAGGCACACUGGCGGGCGGCGCUUGGAGUUGUGCGCUACCUGGCGGGAACGGCAGAGGACGGGGUGACCUUCGGGAAGAGCGAUGAGACUCUCGUUGGUUAA